UUGAGCAUCAACUAUUUACUUGUUUUAAUAUAAUUUCAUUUUACUUAUAAAAACAUAUAAAUAGUAUUCGAUUACCAUAUCAAUACUUUUAUGAACAUCAUUGUACCUUAUUGGUUGCAACAAGAUCGAGGUAAGUACUGGCUGGUAUGUAUUAUUAUUAAUCUGGUUCCACAAGGGUUAGUUUCCUGAUAUGAUUUUUUACCAUUUGCUACUUAUGUCUACCCAUAUUAAUCCUUUCAUGCAUGAUUAUCAUUGUGACAAGUAAAUAUAUGUUGAUAAACCCAAUAUAUUUGCAUCCUACAAACCUUUAUUCUAUUACUGCAGAAUAAGAGAUUAGUUGAUGAACUCCUUGAUUAAAAAUGGAGGGUUCUGAAUUAUAUUAUUUUGCCAACUUCAAGAUUGGUUAAUGUUAAAAAGAAUAGGUUAGUGAAAUGUAAGAGGUAUAUGCUCUGUUUAAUUUAAUUAUGUGCCUGUUUACUGUCAUGACAGAUACUUAAUUUCUAAACCAGGUGUUCUGUGAUACCCCUUACUGACUGAUAAGUGUGGGGUGUAUAUGAUCUCACAUUGCUUGGGAGGGAGAAGUUACUCUUUAUAAUGAUUUCAAUGGGCUUCAAUUGUAAUGUUGACUAGUCUUUUUGGAGUAUGGCCCAUAUGUGGCUUGGGUCUUCUCUUGGAGCGUUGCAUGUUGAACUUAUAUAUUAUACUAUAUGCUCUAAGCUAUGCACAUUUUGCUCAUGGUUAAGCUUUUAUAUUAUAUUUCUGUCUCCUGCAUUUCAGAUGAUAUCGAAUCAUUUCUCCACUGUAAAUUUGUAACAGAUUUUUUAAUUUCUAUGUAAAAAUUUUUUCUUGACCUUAUAGUUUGCGGAGUCUGAGUGUUGAUCAGAGAGUUGAAUACUUGCUGAUGUUUUGAACUGCAGUUUAUUCUGAGUAGCUUGAUGUUGUUGGCUCAAUAUUAAAGUUGUUUAUCCCAAAUUUGUUGUGUGCGAUUCAAUUUUUAUAUAGAGGGAAUGCAUUUUUAAAAGAUCAUUUCCAUGUACUUUGGUGGAGAAAAAAAAUUCCCCCGUGUUUUAAAUUUGUUUUCCUAGUGCACUGUUCUCUUCUCGGACCUUUAUAACAUAUCUGGAUAGAGUGGGAUCUUAUUAUUUGGGCUUGCCAUUCAUGAUUGUCCCGACUAAGUAAGGGAGCUUUUCACUAAAAGAGGCAGUAGGAAGGAGGCGGGAAACUACAACAAACCUGUGUAGUAAGUCAGUGGUGAUUGCCGAUGAUGUGGGUCUAACAACGCUUUUAAAGAUUUUGGGGAUAGUAACACUGGAUGGUUAUUUGUUUAGGCCAUUGUUGUUAAGAUUCUUUGAGCGACUAUUGAAAUUCUUUGGUUGAAAUCUGGUCUUUAAUUUGAAGGUUUGGAGCAUUUUCUUAAUAGGCCUCACAAUUUCUUUUUGGAUUUUGCAACUGUUGAUUUUAAUGUUAAAUUUAAUUGAGCACAUGUAGUUUCGAUCGUACUUCAAAUGUGAAUAUGUUUCAAAGAAAUGAUAUUUCGUGGAUUUAUGUCAUAUUUGUUUGCAUGGGAAACAUUAUACAUUUUUGAACCACCUGUAUAUUUCAUAGCAUUGAUAUUACACUGCAAUGCACCAAAGGAGGCCCAAGCCACAUCUGGGCCUAUACUCCAAAAAGACUAGCCAAUGAUAUAUUUGGAGCUCUAUUGAAACUUUUAUAAAGAGUAAGAACUUCUCAUUCCCAAGUAAUAUGGGACUCCAUACACCAGUUACCUUUAUCACUUGGUAUGGUGUAUCACAAUCUCCCCCCCUCCUCCCCUAAAUUCUUGACGUUCUCAUAGAGCCCGCCCCUUGUAGGUGGUAUAACUCAAGUCCUAUAUUUCUAGUUGGGAUAGGUUUUGAUAUCAUUUGUAAUGCCCUAAGGGAGGCCCAAGCCACAUCUGGGUUUAUACUCCAAAAGGACUAGUCACUAAUACAAUUGGAACCCCAUUGGAACUAUUAUAAAGGGCAAGAACUUCUCAUUUCAAGCAAUUUGAGAUCCUAUACAGCACUUUCAAUUAUCACUUAGUAUGGGGUAUCAUAUACACAGAUUUGCUAUUGAUACAUAUUGGCAUUUUCAGAACUCCAUGCCAUACGUUGGUGUCAUCUUUUUAGGUGGUCUGAAGCCCGAUUAGUAGAGGUUUGGGGUAGCCAUCAUAUAAAACUCUUGUAAUAUCUUCUGAACAUAGAUCCUACUGAGAUGAACAUAUAGGCGUUGUGGACCAAGGCGAUCACUCAUGUAAUAUGAGAUGCUGUUUGUGAGUUAUCUGUUUUAUUUGGCAAAAAAUUUGAGUAAAUAGGUGGUUGUAGAAUUUGUGGGCAUUACCCUUAUUCAAAACGAUCAUAUAUUAGUAUUGGACAUUCCUUUUCCACAUUGGUUGUACAAAUUAAAAGCAAUUGUUGCUCACUUGGUGAUACACUUCUAAUCUUUAUAAAUAAAUGUGGAAAAGUUGUCUUUCUCUAAAGCUGUACAAAUGUUUUAGCAGAACCUAGUGACUCUCCUUCAGUUAAAUCAAAUAUCAAAGCAACCACAUAUAAAAUUUUGGAAGUUCAUGCCUUGCAAAGAUGAAAGCAAUAUUUUCUGCAUAGUCUUCUUUUUUCCCUAUUUCAAUGGCAGUAGUUUGAAGGUCAUGCAACCCACCUUGAGAAUGCUAAUGCGGACGUGGACAUUGAAAAUGAAGGCUUUUAAAUUUUGACUGGGAUAUCAAAGUUCCUUUCAGCAAAUGAACCUAAAGCUAUUGACACAGUUUAGAAGCACAAGGCAGGUCUCAGAAUGUGAGCAUGAGCAGAAUGUGAGCCAGAACAAGAAGGGACAAACUUUGCCAGAUUCAAGGUUUUAAGAGUGUUUGAAGGUAACAUUGGAUGGUCAUUUGCCAGACGUGAUUUAUUCUUAUCAUGGACAUAGAUCUUAGACUCCCUUCUGGUGACCAUGAUAAGGAAGAUGAACCAAAUGCAAUCGAUAACAUCUUGAAUGGUGAUGAGAAACUGCAUAAUGGAGAUGUAGAUGGUGAAAAUAUGGUUGAUGUUGGAGUGGACGUACGCAUUGACGAUGGUGGGGAUUUGAAUUCUCCCACAUUGGAUAUGGUAGUGUUUAAAGAGGAAACAAAUCUUGAGCCUCUUUCUGGUAUGGAAUUUGAAUCUCAUGGAGAAGCUUAUUCAUUCUAUCAGGAAUAUGCUCGGUCUAAGGGAUUCAACACUGCAAUACAAAACAGCCGGCGUUCUAAGACUUCAAGAGAAUUUAUCGAUGCCAAAUUUGCUUGUUCUCGAUAUGGGACCAAGCGAGAGUAUGACAAAUCCUUCAAUAGACCACGUUCCAGACAGAACAAGCAAGAUUCAGAAAAUGUGACUGGCCGACGGUCAUGUGCAAAGACAGACUGCAAAGCAAGUAUGCAUGUGAAGAGAAGGGCAGAUGGAAAAUGGGUUAUACAUAGUUUCGUCAAGGAGCAUAACCAUGAGCUAUUACCAGCCCAGGCUGUGAGUGAACAAACAAGGAAGAUGUAUGCUGCAAUGGCUAGACAAUUUGCCGAAUACAAAAAUGUGGUUGGUCUCAAGAAUGACCCCAAAAACCCAUUCAAUAAAGGUCGGAAUUUGGCACUAGAGGCAGGAGAUGCUAAGAUUUUACUUGAUUUUUUUACACAGAUGCAAAGUAUGAAUUCUAACUUCUUUUACACAGUAGAUCUGGGAGAAGACCAGCGGCUGAAAAAUUUGUUCUGGGUUGAUGCCAAAAGUAGGCAUGACUAUAACACUUUCAGUGAUGUAGUGUCGUUUGAUACUACUUACGUUAGAAACAAAUACAAGAUGCCUCUCGCUUUAUUUGUUGGGGUGAAUCAACACUAUCAGUUCAUGUUGCUUGGAUGUGCCUUGAUAUCAGAUGAAAGUGCAGCAACAUUUUCUUGGUUAAUGCGGAUGUGGCUGAAAGCAAUGGGUGGGCAAGCUCCGAAAGUAAUAAUUGCUGACCAUGACAAAGCCAUUAAAUCAGCUGUUUUGGAGGUCUUUCCUGAUGCUCGUCAUUGCUUUUGUUUGUGGCAUAUAUUGGGGAAAGUUUCUGAAAAUUUUGGUCAUGUAAUCAAACAGCAUGAAAAUUUUAUGGCAAAAUUUGAAAAAUGCAUCUUCAAGUCAUGGACAAAUGAAGAGUUUGAAAAAAGGUGGUGGAAAUUUCUUGAUAGAUUUGAACUCAAAGAGGAUGAAUGGAUGCAGUCACUAUAUGAAGAUCGUAAACUAUGGGUGCCAACAUAUAUGAAAGAUGUGUGUUUGGCUGGGUUGUGCACAGUUCAGCGAUCAGAAAGUGUUAAUUCCUAUUUUGAUAAGUAUGUGCAUAAGAAGACCACUGUUCAGGAAUUUGUGAAACAGUAUGAAUCAAUUCUGCAAGAUCGGUAUGAAGAGGAAGCCAAAGCAGAUUCUGACACUUGGAACAAACAGCCUGCAUUAAAAUCUCCUUCACCUUUGGAGAAGAGUGUUUCAGGGGUGUACACACAUGCAGUUUUCAAGAAAUUUCAGGCUGAGCUUCUAGGAGUAGUUGCUUGUCAUCCUAAAAGAGAAAGACAAGAUGAUACAAUCAUUACUUUCCGAGUUCAAGAAUUUGAAAGGAGUCAAGACUUUAUUGUUAUAUAUAAUGAAAUGAAACCUGAAAUUUCCUGUAUAUGUGGGUUAUAUGAAUACAAGGGUUAUCUUUGUAGACAUGCAAUGAUUGUUCUUCAAAUUUGUGGCCUUUCUGCCAUCCCAUCCCAAUAUAUAUUGAAACGGUGGACAAAAGAUGCAAAGAGCAAGCAUUUGUUGGGAGAAGAAUUGGGACUCGUACAAUCUAGGGUGCAACGAUACAAUGAUUUAUGUCAACGGGCAAUGAAACUGAGUGAAGAGGGAUCUCUUUCUCUGGACAGUUUUAGUUAUGCAAUGGGUGCACUAGAGGAAGCUUUUGGAACCUGUGUGAAUAUGAAUAAUUCUAGUAAGAGCCUCACAGAAGCUGGCACAUCAGACACACAUGGUCUACUCUGCAUUGAAGAAGACAACCAAAGUAGAAGCACGGGGAAGACAAAUAAAAAAAAGAAUCCAACGAAGAAAAGAAAGGUGAACUCUGAAUCUGACGUUAUGACUGUUGGGGCACAAGAAAGCUUGCAGCAAAUGGACAAAUUAAGCUCAAGAGCAGUAACCCUUGAUAGCUACUACAGCACACAACAGGGGAUGCAAGGAAUGGUACAACUGAACUUAAUGGCACCAACACGUGAUAAUUACUAUGGGAAUCAACAGACCAUUCAGGGGCUGGGGCAAUUGAACUCAAUAGCACCAAGCCACGAUGGUUAUUACAGUGCUCCACAGAGCAUGCAUGGGCUGGGACAGAUGGAUUUCUUCCGAGCUCCUACUGGUUUCACUUAUGGCAUUCGAGAUGAUCCCAAUGUGAGGGCUGCACAGUUGCAUGAUGAUGCAUCCAGACAUGCCUGAGAAGCACGUUUCUCAUCAUGAAGGUGAGACCUAGACAAUACAUUGAAGCUAAUUGUCUCUGUGAAGAACUGAAAAAAUCUAUCAUGCCUGGUGGAUGGAAGGAUCACGAUGUAGCCUCUUCCUUUGUUGUCUGUAAAAUAAGAUAAGAUUGACUAGGCUGUUAUGUGCACCGUUUCUUUUGAUUAUUCCCUGAGAGUUGGAACAGAUUCGAGGUAGGGUUGUAUCUCUUGUAAAGUUUCUUGUAUUAUUGUAUCUCUGAUAGGAGCAGUCGAAAUCGGUACAACUUAACUAGUUCAUUAUCAUUGGCUAAUAUGCCAUCUAUGUAUUUUGUAGCCCACAAGUGUUAGCAGGUGCAAGAAUGUUGAAAAUUAGUUCACUUUGAUGUACAACUUCUGUUUACUCUUUUUAGUUUAUAUAAAAAAACAAUUUCUAUUUUA